AUGUCUCAUAAAUUACAGCCGCAGGAUCGACUGCCAACACGAGAAGAGUUGCAUCGAUUGAUUCGUGACAUCAAUCGCUCUACAAGAGCCUUGGAGCUUCUGGAUGACACACAGAACACAGCCUCGCACACGCUCGAUAGCCAGACUCGUCCGGAAGCGUCUAUCAAGGCCUCGCAACUGCUGCCUGCCGACCGAUACGAGUUGCAAACAGCCUGCGAGUCGUUAGUACAUGCAGCGAAGGGCUCCAAAGACUAUUUAUGCACGUUCGCACAGUCGCACCGGCCAGUUUCAGCCUUGCAGUAUGCUGUCCACUUCCAUCUUGCGAAGCAUGUGCCACAAGAAGGCGUCGUCAGCUUCAAAAAAUUGGCCACGAAGGCCGACAUUCCCGAACCGCAAUGUCAAAGAGCUAUCCGAAUGCUGGUGGCUUGUGAAAUCUUCGAAGAGCCAGCAGUGGGCUAUGUAACGCAUAACAGAUACUCCAGGUUGCUGGCUGAUGACAAAGGAGAAGCAGCGUUGGGAAUCUUGACAGACGAAUGCUUCCGAGCAGCAUCUUGCCUUGCUCCUGCGGCUACUCAUUGGAACCAUAGCCAAGAGCGGACCAAGGCCCCAUUCAAUCUGGCGUUCAAUACAGAGAUGUCUAUGUUCGAUUUCCAAUCAUCGCAAGAACCUUGGCGUGCAGAACGAUUCCGUAAGACGAUGGCAUUCUUUGGAGGGAGUGGAAAGUCAAGUCUGGAGCACCUCAUCCACGGAUUCGAUUGGACGUCGCUCACUGCUGGAACAACUGUCGUGGACAUCGGAGGUAGCGGGGGCCAUUGCAUGAGAGCAGUGGCAGCGGUCAACACUGGAAUUCAUUCCAUCGUACAAGACAUCGAAGCAGGACUGGGAGACUAUCAAAGCACAGAGACUUUUGAAAGAAGAAUCAAAUUUACAGUACAUGACUUCUUCUCCCCGCAAACCCAUCCGGCAGAUGUGUAUCUGCUGAGAUGGAUCUUACACGACUAUUCCGACCAAGAAGCCGUCAUCAUUUUGAAAUGCCUGCUGCCCGCAUUCAUGCCAGGGGCAAGAAUACUGGUGAUGGACAGUAUCUUGCCGAGUCCCGGAGAAGUAACAAAAGCUGAAGAAAAGGAUGCUAGGCUGUCUGAUAUCGGAAUGUGGGCGCUGCUGAAUGGCCGCGAGCGUGAUAUAUACGCCUGGACAAUUCUCUUUCAAAUGGCUGGCCCGAGGCUGAAACUUGUCAAUACCAUUACUCCUCAGGGAAGCGCUUUGUCUGUUAUGGAGUUCCAGCUAGUCCAAUAG